GCCUCGGGAGGCGGCGUGGGGGCUCCGUGGGCCGGGGGUCCCCGCUUCUCCUCUUCCUCUCUUUGGCUCUCUGACAGUGUCUCCUGAGACUCGGCUCAGAGCCGCGCGGGCGCUCCCUCCCUCAGCCCAGGUACUCAUUAAUGAGUGAAGGAUCAAAAGGUGGGACGGUGGCCAAGAAGCAAUGGAGAAUAAAAGUUUAGAAGGUUCCCCAUCUGACCUAAAGUUAGUGGCUCAUCCGAGAGCAAAGAGUAAAGUGUGGAAGUACUUUGGGUUUGAUACCAAUGCGGAAGGAUGCAUAUUACAGUGGAAGAAGAUCUACUGCCGUAUUUGCAUGGCACAGAUUGCCUAUUCAGGAAACACGUCCAACCUUUCCUACCACCUUGAGAAAAACCACCCCGAUGAAUUCUGUGAGUUUGUGAAAAGUAACACUGAGCAAAUGAGGGAAGCCUUUGCCACAGCAUUUUCAAAAAUCAAGCCGGAGUCAUCACAGCAGGUUGUUCAAGAUAGCCUCAUUAUGAAGACCUACCAGAACUAUGAAAACAAAAAACAUCAGGAGCUAACAUCUGCAGUCAUCAGCUUAAUUUGUGAGGGCAUGUAUCCAGCCUCCAUCGUUGAUGAACCUACCUUCAAGGCCCUCUUGAGAACAGCGGACCCCAGGUAUGAACUUCCGAGCCGGAAGUACUUCUGUACAAAAGCGAUUCCUGAAAAGUACAGUGCUAUUAGAGAAAUUGUGCUGAAAGAGCUGACUGAGGUUCUGUGGUGUGGCAUAUCCACAGACAUGUGGAGGAGUGAAAACCAGAACAGGUCGUAUGUAACCGUGGCGGUUCACUUUCUCAGCAGCAGUCCUGCCAACUGCCUGGCUGUGAACUCGCGGUGUUUGAAAACUUUUGAAGUACCAGAGGAUAACACUGCAGAGACCAUUACAAGAGUCCUUUAUGAAACAUUUAUUGAGUGGGGGAUCAAUACAAAAGUGUUUGGUGCUACAACAGAUUACAGUAAAGACAUUGUAAAAGCUUGCUCUCUCCUAGAUAUUCCCGUACAGAUGCCUUGUUUGGGCCACACUUUCAAUGCAGGAAUACAACAAGCUUUUCAGCUCCCCAAACUCUGCAACCUUCUUGCCAGGUGCCGAAAGCUGGUGGAGUAUUUUCAGCAGUCUACGGUCGCAAUGUACAUGCUGAGCGAAAAGCAGAAGCAGCAGAAUAUUCUCCACUGCAUGCUGGUAAGUGACCGUGUUUCCUGGUGGGGAAGCACGCUCGCUAUGCUGCAGCGCCUCAAGGAGCAGCAGUUUGUCAUUGCGGCUGUUCUCGUGGAGGACAGCAACAACCACCACCUCAUGCUGGAAUCCAGUGAGUGGAAUACAAUCGAAGGGCUGGUGGAGCUGCUCCAGCCUUUCAAGCAGGUUGCAGAGAUGAUGUCUGCUUCCAAGUACCCGACGAUAAGCAUGGUGAAACCACUUCUCCAUAUGCUUCUGAAUACAACUCUGAACAUCAAAGAGAACGAUUUGAAAGAAAUCAGCAUGGCAAAGGAGGUGAUUGCUAAAGAGUUGUCAACCACCUACCAGCACACACCUGAGAUAGACAUGUUUCUCAAUGUUGCAACUUUCUUGGAUCCCCGCUACAAGAAACUGCCUUUUCUUUCAGCCUUUGAGAGGCAGCAGGUGGAAAACAGAGUGGUGGAAGAAGCAAAAAGCCUGCUGGAGAAAGUAAAAGAAAAUAGCUUUAGAACUGAGGAGAAAUUCUUCACUGUUUCAGAAGAGCCCCCUAUGAAAAAAAUCAUCAUCUCCUCUACUCCUCCUCCUACUAGUGUCAUCAACAACAUGCUUGCAGAGAUCUUUUGCCAGACAGGAGGCGUGGAAGACCAGGAGGAAUGGCAUGCUCAAAUCGUUGAGGAGUUGAGCAACUUCAAGUCACAAAAGGUCCUUGGUUUGAAUGAAGACCCGUUGAAGUGGUGGUCUGACAGACUAGCACUGUUUCCAGUUUUACCAAAGGUUCUUCAAAAAUACUGGUGUAUUCUGGCCACGAGGGUCUUCCCUGAACGCCUUUUUGGUUCUUCUGCUAAUGUUGUGAGUGCAAAGAGAAACCGGUUAGCCCCAGCUCAUGUGGAUGAGCAGAUCUUUUUGUAUGAGAACAGUCGCAAUGGGUCUGAGGCAGAACCGGAGGACGAAGAUGAAGGAGAGUGGGGUUUGGAACAGGAACAGAUUUUUAAUUUAAAUGACUCGGUAAACAUAAACAAUAAUUUCUUUAAUAUUCGAGACAGUGGGUUUGUUUAACAGGACUGCUGCGGUACAUUUAAUGACAAAGAAAAGAGGUAUUUGUCUUAAGUUACCAAAAAUUCUUCUGUUUUAUGCUAUGAAUGCUGUAAAUAUUGAACUGUUGUAACAAACUUGAUUUAGCUUCCAUUGUCUGUGUUUUUCCCACUGUCUUAAAACAUGAAUGACUUGUGAUCAAACAGCACUGAAAUUAAUGAGGAAAUAAAUUCUACAAAGACCGUGGUUUCUGACUGUGGCCCAGAUUUCAGAAAGCACUUAUCCAUGUGCUUCCUUUCCACUUGUUUCAUUAGGAGACAAACACAUGCUUAUGUGCUUUCUAUCAUAAAAUUAUUUUCCUGAGUUAGGACCUUGAGGAAGUUUUUAAAAUUUAUGCCUCCAUUUGUAAAUCCUGUGUGACUCAGGAUGAUAGCUUUAAAUUUUGGAUUUUAAAAUGUUUUUUAAAAUCCAUAGAUCUGAGCAGUGAAUAUUUUUAGAAUAUAUUGUUGGUAUGGAAUGAAAAAAAUCUUGAGCCUGAUUUUCACUACCUCAUGUCUUAGGUCUGGUCUAUGCUAGAAAAGUUCAGCUGGUAUAAUUCUGUUGGUUAAGAGACUGAUGUGUUAUUAUUUUAACUGAUACUGUGCUGGCAUAGGCUGUAGUGUGGAUGCAUUUAUACCAGGAUAAUUUAUUUUCCUUUCCAGUGCUGUGUAAAUGGUAUAAACACUUAAACUGGUAUUACUGUGUCCACAUUAGUCCGGUUUUACCAUUUAACUGCAGCUAAAUGGCAAAAUUGGUUUCUUGUUUGUUUUGCUUUGUGUCUAAGCAAGCCCUGAUUGUAGUCUCUUGUGCUUUUGCAAAGUGGGAACCAAGUGUGGGGUUGAGACCGUGUUGUGUUACCUUGACCUUGUGCUGAUGCCAUGUGGUGUGUAGCAGUCAAGGCAUCAGCACUUUGGUUAAGGGAGAGAGGGAAGGAGAGGGCAGGGAGACGUCUACAGGCCACGGGUCUAACGGUUUGUCUGUGUUAUAAAAUCCUUAACCUCUUCAUUUUAUGGGGUCUUUGCCCAGGGUAGCUAGAAUAUUUUGUUGGCAAGAAAAGCAAAAUAAAAAGCUUUAAUAUUAUGUAAAUAUAUUUAAAAGAAGGGGACCCCUCCAUUUUCUCUGAUGUAUUUAGUGAAUCUUUAAAAUUGUUUUUUUGUUAUGUUAGCACUUAAUAACUUUUUUUCACCUGUCUCUUUUCGAUUCAGUUUGUAGAGUGGACUUUGGUCCUUUCCAGUCUAAUGUUUGAGUACUGUUUCCGAUUAGUUGUAUAUUGUAACUGCUCCCUUUGUGUCUCCAAGCAUAAGUUUUUUAAGCCCUUUUGAGAACUUGACAAACAAGUAAAAAGAAAGGAAACCAACCUGAGACACCUCCCCCCCCACCCCGCAUCUCUUGUGAAAUACUGCAGUCAAACAUGAUCAGAGUUCACGCUAGACACAAAGUUGGAUGCACCACAUUUUUUUUCUGAGAUGCUGUGGAGGACUCUUGGCAUUUUCCAGUUACAAUCAAGGUUUGCUUGGGGUUUUAUUUCUGUUACUGGUGUCUCACCCCCCCCCACCUCUGUGUUAAGUCUACAACUAUGUUGAGCAAUAUCUGUCUGUUACUCUUCUGGAGGAAGAAAGUUGGGGUUUUUUCACACUGUGGCACCCAUGGACAUUGGGUUGUAAAAAGGGCACAGACAGCAGGAACAUACAGAAAUGAGAAUGGCAAUGGAAUUGAAUCUAUUGCCAAACUGUUUGUUUAUGGUUUGGUUUAAUCGCUUUUGAAGUUUGAGGCCCCUGUGUUCUUUGUAGGUGGUGGGAAGGGAUGGGUGAGUGAGGAGGAAGAACAGAGGUUAGGCUGAAGGAACAGUGAAGUAAGUAAUUGCAACUACAUAAAUGGAAUUUUUUAAGCCUGGGAAAAAUGCAGUCAGCAGAUGGUGGAGCCUGUAUUUGGCUAUUAGUAAGCCUGGGGUUUCACUUUCCAGCCUCCUGAAAACUAAUUUGCACUUGUACACUCACUGUGCAUCCUAUUGAAUGUUGCUAUUCUCGAUGUCCACUAAAGAGGUGUUAUGUUUUCCAAGGUGCAAAACACAGGCUUGACCUAAAAUCCCACAAGUAUGUAGGCUAUCUGUGAGGGCAACAAAAUCAAAUUAUGGAAGGGAGCAAGAUACCUGAGCUCCUGUGACACCCAGGAAGAGCUCUUGGUUUCUAUGGUCAUCAAUUGCAUCAGCUGUUACCACCACUGCAAGCCCUCCCUCCAGGACCUACACAAAAUCUGCUGGAUCUUAUCUUAUAUAAUUGAGCAUACAUACAUGAGCAUAAUUUAAAGCUGUGCCCUCACAAUCUAGGCAAAGCUCAGAGCACCCUUGGUCUGCACUUGGCCUUCCCCUGUUGGCAGUAUCCAUCUUCAUCCUCCUAGGGCUGAACGUAAACAGCGAUGCUUACAAGCAGUUUUACUGAGAUCAGUGCAAUGCACUACUCUCUUCCUUCCAGCUUCUUUUUAUUUUUUGGUAUCCAAAAUAAAAUUGUAGUCGGUUCAAUUGAUGUGUCUCAGCAUUCUUUUAAAAAAAGGAGAAGAAAAAGAGAAAAAAAAAAAAGAGCAAAACCAUUGUUAGUCUUAUCCAUUGUCUGUGAGAUUUUUUUAUUUAAUGUUCUAAGCCUGGAAUAUUGUUAAAUAAACCAGAAAAAUAAGUUAGUUACUAGAUUAUUUGUCUGAUGUGUGGUCAUAUCUGCAGCACUUUAUGACUUUGAACUCUUCCACGACAGGGGGAGGUUGUAUUCUAAGGAUUUAAAGCUAUGCAUUUAUUUUCCUUUUGAUCCUGUAAGUUAUUUUUUAAAAAUGCUGUACAAAUCUUUUGGAUUAAAAAAAAAAUGAGGAUGAAAAAUGUUGGAAGUUUAGAUGGUUUCUCUCACUUAAA